UGUUCUCCGGCCCCUGGAAAACGGGGCGAAACCUGGCGAAAUCGAAAGCACAGCUCCCUCGCCCACCUGCUCCCCCCUCCCCCACCCGGCCUCGCCGCCCGUCACCGGCGGGCUCCCCCUCGCCGGAUCUUCUCGUCGGCGCGGAUCGACCUCGCGCGCGUCCGAGAUGAGGUGACGUCGGACUCGGAGAUGAGAGUGGAAAACCCCAGCAAGGCCCCCAGGUGGAUCUGAAAACUGGUACAAAAUGGACAACCCAUUGAACCUUCCUCCUGGUUCAGUGCAGCCAAACUUCUGCUCGGCCUUCUACGCCCGCAAGUCAGGAAGUGCCGCAACAGCGGCAUCGCUCUCCCAGGCGCUGCCACUGUGGCCUCCGGUGCCAUGGCCUACACUAAUGGUUAGAAAGCACCACAUGCCAUUUCCUACUCAACCCGCAGCUAAGAAGCUGCAGGUGCGGCGGCUUUCACCUGUGCUGUCGCAAGAUUUACCAUUGCGGGAGGCAUUGCAAGUUGCAGAGCUGCCACCACCAAGGGUAGAACUGCGCCCAUUGCAACAGGCACCCCCAGUUCUGAAACAAUCGUUGCCCAAGACGGAGGUGCCGGUGGUGCUGCCAAUGCGUGCAACCUCUGUAGACGUGAGAUGGAAUGCUCGAUAUCCAUGGAGUGAAACAUCAUGUGAAUCCACAGACAGGACAUCAAGGAGGACACAAUGCAAGUGCAAGAACUCGAAAUGUCUGAAGAAGUAUUGUGAGUGUUUUGCAUCAGGUAGAUACUGCAAUGAUUGCAACUGCAAAAACUGUUAUAAUAAUGUUGGUCAUGAGGCUGCAAGACAGGUUGCUAUAGAUGCUGCAAUGGAAAGGAAUCCUAUGGCCUUUAUGCCCAAAAUUGGGAACAUCCCUCCACAUGCAGCCCAGAACCGCGAGUUUAAAGUAGCAGAAGGCCCUCUUGUGGGUAAGCACAUGAAGGGGUGCCACUGCAAGAGAUCCGAGUGCCUGAAGAAAUACUGUGAGUGCUUUCGAUCUAAUAUCCUCUGUUCAGAGAACUGCAAAUGUAUGGAUUGCAAGAACUAUGAGAGCAAUGAAGAUAGGAAAGCAAUACGCCGUAUCACCCGGCACCAGCAGCACCUUGUCUAUGCACAUCAUAUGCAGAAUCCUGCUACAAUGGGUAUUACUGGACCAUAUGCGGCUCUUUCUCCUGCAGCAGAAAAGCUCUCCAAUCUCUCAGUGGCUUCUUCAGGCAGAGAUCAGCUCAUCAACAACAAUGAUUCUUCACAAGUGACUUCGUCUUUGCUCACUCCUGUUCCUAUAGAAGGCACUAAAAGUGCCGUCAAAGUAGAACCGCAUGGAGUUACUUACAGGCCACUUUUAGCUGAUGUUAUCCAGAUAGAGAAUGUCAAUGAGCUCUGUAAAGUAUUGCUUCUAGUAUCAAGGCAAGCUGCUGGAGCAUCCGUAGGUGUUAAGGAGAACACUAACAGAAGAAAAUUAGAUCAAGCAGAUAGUUGCCUUUCUUCCAUAAACCAUGACAUGGAAGCAGUCGAGAAACAGCGCGAUGAACAAGUUUGCUCAACAGAAAACAGUUUAACCGCAGUUCCUGUUUCUGAAGUAAGGGCAGGAGCAGCAAGGUCCGACCCUUCUGAUACAUGCAAGUAUGACAGAAGACCGGUGUCCCCUGAAACCCAGAAACUGAUGUGUAACGAGCAAGAUCGGCUUUUCCUGACACCAAGCGUUGCAGCUGUAAUUCCCUCGGCCACCAAACAGAGAUUGCCAGACACUUACAAAGAGCAAGAGAAGCGCAUUCUGAAAACCUUGCAUGACUACCUUGGUGAGCUUGUGAACUGCGGAAGGCUUCAUGAAGAGAAGCUCUCUUCGAUGCCAUCGAAGUUCUUCCACGAGCAAACUUCCGUUGGCAGCAGUUGCGGUUCGUCGUCCGUAUCGAGGGUCGCAGAGGUUGCUAGGGUUGGACAAACAAUCCGACAGUCGCUCCAUUCUCCAGCAAGUGUCAAGUCACCAGGUCUGUAGCCGAUUCGAGAAGUGGGAUGAGCAGCCCAGUGCCAUGAGCAUGCUGUAGCCAGAACGAGCAUUUCAUUGCCCGCGCAAAAUGGCCGCCCGACAAUGGCAUAUAGCAAACCUAGAGUGCUAACCUAGAGAACCUGAUGGGUGGAUUUCAGGAUUUGGUUUGAGCAGGUUGCUAACCUUCUCCGAGUAUUAUCACUCAUCCCUUUGUACUAGACACAUGCAUUGCCUUAGCCAAUUGAAGUUUCACGUACGUCGUGGACAUAUAUUAUCUC